AUGCCUCCCCCCAAGGCCGACGAGCUGGUUGUGCACGCCGUCAAGGAGCAGUUCGCCGGCCUCGACUUCUGCAUCACCAGCCCCCCGCCAUGGCUCACGACGGUGCUCGUGGGCUUCCAGCACUACCUGGUGAUGCUCGGCACCACCGUCCUCAUCGCCACCAUCAUCGUCCCGCUCAUGGGCGGCGGCCAUUAUGAGAAGGCGAUCGUGAUCCAGACCAUCCUCUUCCUGUCCGGGAUCAACACGCUGCUUCAGGUCCACUUCGGCACGCGGCUCCCCGCCGUGAUGAGCGGCUCCUACACCUACAUCUACCCGGCCGUCGCCAUCAUACUCAGCCCGCGAUACGCGCUCGUCAUCGACCCGCUCGAGAGGUUCGUGUUCACGAUGAGGUCGCUCCAGGGCGCGCUCAUCAUCGCCGGCGUCUUCCAGGCCGUCGUCGGGCUUCUUCGGCAUAUGGAGAGUCUUCAUACGGUUAGUCUUGUACUGACGCUGUUCCUGAGCCCCCUCGCGGCGGUCCCCUUCGUCACGCUCUCGGGCCUGGGACUCUUCUACUUCGCGUUCCCCGGGGUCACCAAAUGCAUCGAAGUGGGCCUCCCCGCCCUUGUCCUCUUGGUGAUCUUCGCAGAGUACGCCGCCCACUACUUCGCUAAGGGAAGCAUCGUGUUCGGCCGGUGCGCCGUGCUGGUGACCGUCAUCGUCGUGUGGAUCUACGCCGAGAUCCUGACGGCCGCCGGAGCCUACAACGAGAGGGGCCCCGUGACGCAGUUCACCUGCCGCACCGACCGCUCCGGGAUCAUCGAGGGCUCACCUUGGGUGAGGUUUCCGUAUCCGUUCCAGUGGGGAUACCCGAUUUUCUGCUUCCAGGAUUGCUUCGCCAUGAUGGCUGCUUCUUUUGCAUCACUUAUUGAGUCUACCGGCACCUUAAUCGCAGUGUCAAGAUACUCAGGCGCAACGUUCACCCCACCCUCCGUGUUCUCGCGUGGAGUUGGCUGGGAGGGCAUAUCUAUCAUACUGGACGGGAUGUGCGGUACACUGACAGGAACAGCAGCUUCAGUUGAGAAUGCAGGCCUGUUGGCACUGACGCGAGUUGGAAGCCGGCGAGUUAUAAAGAUCUCAGCCUUGUUCAUGAUUUUCUUCUCAUUGUUUGGCAAAUUCGGGGCGGUUCUUGCAUCCAUUCCAUUGCCGCUUUUCUCUGCACUGUAUUGUGUCCUCUGGGCUUAUGCAGCCGGUGCAGGCUUCUCCUUCCUUCAGUACUGCAACCUCAACUCCUUGAGAACAAAGUUCAUACUAAGCAUCUCGUUGUUCCUGGGACUGUCCAUCCCACAGUACUUCCGGGUCUACGAGAUGUUCUUUGGCUUCGGACCAGUUCACACCCAUUCAGUCGCGUUCAAUGUGAUGGUCAAUGUCAUCUUCUCGUCGCCGGCGACGGUGGCCGCCAUACUGGCCUACUUUCUGGACUGCACCCACCUGUACUGGGAGGCUAGUGUGAAGAAGGACAGGGGUUGGUUCUGGUGGGAGAAGUUCAAGUCCUACAAGUAUGAUGCCAGGAGCGAGGAGUUCUACCGUCUUCCUUAUGGCUUGAGCAGGUACUUCCCCUCGCUUUAG